AUGCCACUUGGACACAGUCCACCAAAAAUGUCUGAAAUUGAGACAAGGUCAAAAACUGCUUCGCAAGAAGCCACCGGUGGUAAGAGGGAACCCUCACCGCGCCCGAAAUCUAAAACUUUUGACCCAUCCGCUCAAAAGUUUAUAGCGGAAAGUGACAGUAUCAUGAGAUACUGUGCAAGAUUCAGUGAUGCACCGAUCCAAGACCACACUGAAUCAUAUCUUAUUAUAAAAGACAAAUCACUAGAUGAUUGUUGGGCACGGCUUCAGUCCGCCUAUGAUUUGGUUUUUUCAAAGCCAGAUGACAGCCUACCCGAAAACUUUAAGAGUUCGGUAGAAGGCAAGUACUUCACUUGCCUUGAAUUAUAUGAGGUGACCAAAGCUAUAAUUGCCGAUCAACUGUCGUUGAUUAAAGCAAUCGCCGCACCGAGUCCACCACCCCGCGUGGAACACACCUCGGCAGAGGCAAACGUUUUUCUUCAAGUCCCACCUUGUGACACGGAGACAUUUUACGGCGGUUACGAAGAAUGGCCCGCUUUUCGUGACAUGUUCACAGCGGUGUACAUCAACCACCCGAAGCUCUCCCGUGCUCAAAAACUGUAUUACCUCCGGUACAAAACUCAAGGAAAAGCCGGUUCCAUCGUCAAGCAAUACCCGCUCAGCGAUGAUAACUUCGAGCUGGCCUGGGAAGCUUUACGGUCACGAUACGAAAACAAACGUAUCUUGGUUGACAACCAAAUUAAAAUUUUGAUGACUUUGCCGACUAUUCAAUCCGAGAAUAGCGAGCAACUUCAAAGGCUGCAAACAUCAAUUAACAACUGUCUGUCAGUUCUUAAUUCCCAAGACGUCCAGACAGACAGUUGGGAUCCCAUAUUGGUGUACAUUUGCUCAUCCAAAUUGCCCGAAACCACACUGUCACUUUGGGAACAAUCUCUCUCUUCUCGAAGAGAUUUACCCUCAUGGUCACAAAUGGACGAUUUUCUUACUUCAAGAUACGAAGUAGUCGAAAGACUUAACCGGCUUCAUCCAAGCCAAAAUAAACAAAAACCAGUCGCUCAUCAAAAUGCUGCGCAAAACAGGUCCUUUAACAGGACUCAAACCUUUGUGGCAGAACCUAAGAGGGAACCAACUUGCUCUUACUGCAAGUCCCCUCAUCCCAUUAGAGUCUGCCCACAAUUUAAGCGAAUUUCGGUACCGAACCGAGUACAAUUCGCAAACCAAACCAAGCUGUGCAAAAACUGCCUUGGUAAUACCCAUAGCACUAAUGAGUGUCCGAGCAAGUGGUCAUGUACACAUUGCCAACAACGGCAUCACUCCCUGCUGCACAUGAAUCCCAAACCACAAUCUCGUCACUCCAGUGCGCGAGCGAAUGAAACCGCCGCACAACACACUACUGCCCAGUCGACACCUCCCGCUCGACAAGCGCAGUCAAGCUCCGAUUCCAGCGAGCAACCGUGCUGUUCCAAACAAGCACAAAUACAAUCAUUGCACACCGACAAUGAUAGCAAAAUUCUCCUUCCAACUGCCAUAGUCGCAGUUGAACACGAGGGUGAAUUGUUUCAACUUAGAGCCCUGAUUGAUCAAGGCUCACAAAGAACUUUCAUUUCCUCGAAAGUUCAAAAACGGUUGAAACUACCAUUCGAACAUUCCAAGUUCGAAAUUUCCGGCAUGGGUGGACAUGUAGUACAAAGCUCCUCAAAGCUUUGUCCACUCACAUUGGUAGCACCAAAAACCAUGCAACGGAUAAACACACAGGCUAUCGUGUUACCUCAGCUCACGAGGCACAUGCCUACAUUCACCAUUAGCCGUGAAAACUGGCAGCAAUUCAAGAUCCUUGAACUUGCUGACCCAAGCUGUCACAUACCAGCUCAAACUGACAUGGUAAUCGGCAGCGAUAUACUUCCACAAAUCCUGCUGGAAGGUAUACAAAAUAUUUGCGACACUAUACUUCAAACAAUAUUUGGCUGGAUUCUCAGUGGUCCAAUAACCGAAAAUGUGGUGUCAUUCUCGACACAAGUAGAAGAGUGCUCGAAUGCAACUCUCAGCUCUCAGCUUCGAAAGUUUUGGGAAGAGGAGGGGAUUCCACAACCUCCACAAAUUUCCCCUGAAGAUCAGGCUUGUGAGCAUAUAUAUGCAACAACAACGACUCGUGCCCCAAACGGUCGAUACAUUGUGCGACUUCCAUUCAAGGAAGAAUUUCCAAAAAAGCUGUCUCUGGGCAACUCUCGGUCUGCUGCACUUCAGCAGUUUUUUAGCAUGGAGCGAUCGCUUCAGAAAAAAGGAGACUUAGGCACAAUGUACAACAAUGUGUUGCAAGAAUAUCUCGACCUCGGUCAUAUGGAGCACACGAAGCCAUGUGAGAUAGUAGCUAAUGGCAAAUACUUCUCAUUCUACUUGCCACACCAUGCGGUCGUCAAACCAGAUAAGGUAACCACCAAAGUUCGCGUGGUAUUCAACGCCUCAAAAACAUCUGGUUCAGGAAAAUCCCUGAAUGACGUGUUGCACACUGGUCCCACACUCCAGCCAGAUCUCAUGCUGCUCAUUCUGCAGUGGCGAAUGCACAGAUUCGUGUUCAAUGGCGACAUUGAAAAAAUGUAUCGUCAAAUACUCAUCCAUGAGGACGAUAAAGAUUUUCAGCGAAUCUUAUUUCGCAGGUCGGCUGACUCCCCUGUCACCGAUUAUAAUCUUAAAACCGUAACGUUCGGGGUUAAUUGUGCACCAUACCUCGCUAUCCGUACCCUGCAUCAAUUAGCAGAUGAUACGAUAGCGACAUUUCCCUUGGCUGCCACAAUACUUAAAACCGAAACGUAUGUGGAUGACAUCCUAUCCGGAAGACAUGAUAUUGACAACGCCACUGAAUCACUUCUUCAAGUGAUCAAAGCGCUUAAGUCAGCUGGUUUCAUACUCAAGAAAGUAACGGCCAAUCAUCCGGCCAUCUUAGAAAAAUUUCCAAAGGAGGAUCUUCUCGACUACAACUUUUUGAAAUUUGAGAGCGCUUCCACAACCAAAACUCUUGGUAUACAAUGGAACGCACUCACCGAUAAGUUUUCCUACACCAUUCUGCCUGCAUCGACAUCGAAUGCCGUCACAAAGCGACAAAUCUUAUCCUCUGUCGCAAAACUUUUUCACCCGGCAGGAUGGCUAUCGCCAGUGAUGAUUCAAGCAAAGAUUCUUCUUCAAGAACUUUGGCUAGAUGGUGUUGAUUGGGACGAAUGUGCCAAACCUAUAUCUUUAGCAAAAUGGCAACAGUUCGCAGAAAAUCUGCCAGCUAUCUGCCACAUCGAAAUCCCUCGAUGGGUUAAUUUAACUCCGGGGCAAGAUACCCAAAUCCACGGGUUUUGCGAUGCCUCGGAAAAAGCAUAUUGCGCUGCGAUUUACUUCCGCGCAGAUGCUAGCAACUAA